AUGGCCAUCUUUUCUUCCGAAAGCACCAACGCUUUCCAGAACAUGUUGACCCAGGACUAUGCAAUGAUGCAAGUUUCUCAUCAAGAAUCCAUUCAAUCUUCCUACCGUGAGGCGUGCCAAGCCCAAGCCGACUCGGGCGACUUUACUUCUUUCCAUCCUGAUCAGCAAGACUGGUCAUGGGAUAAGCUGCCCGACAUCCUCUAUCAGCUCAAGCCCACCGGCCCUAAGAGCAAGAUUGAGCCGCCGACUAUGCCCUACCCCAUCAACGGAAAGUUCCUGCGCGACAUCCCCACCUUGCCCGACCACAUUGCUUCCGACGUUGACGAGUUCCGCGUGGAAGCCUGGAUGCGCCUGGAUAGACGGAUCCGCCUCAGCGAUAUCGUCGACCGCAUGAACCCUGAGUUCCGCAUUGCCCCCAACGCACUGCAGCAGCGCGGCGGACGUUUCAGACAGGCGUUCGGUAUGUUGGCCUGGGAUUCAGGCAAUAAGCUGAGUCGCGAGCUUGAAUCCAAGUUGAUGCAGACUUUAAUGGAGCAUGGCAUUGAUCCUAACCUUAAUACCACUCGGGGACUUACUCCCGGCCUGAUCAUUCCGGCCCUGGGUGAAGCUGGCGGACGGAUCCCUCUCCCACCUACCUACUCCUUGGAGAAGCGCAAGAAGCGGAAGCGCUGUAUGCGGGCUACUGGACCCAAGAGGCCCAGGAAGAUGCCCAAAGUCCAAGAGCAGAUGCUUGUCGAUACAGCAAAAGAAGCUCUGCGGGUGUUCCAGAAUGUCGGACCAGCGCCAUCUCAGAAUGGAUUCGGCAGCGAAAUUCCUACCACCUCUGAGACCACCCAGAUUAUGAUGCCCGGUGAAAGUGUGUUCGCCGUUGAGAUGGCCGCUCCCGCCACGAUUCCCGUCCCGAUUACGGCCAUUGUUCCUGACGUGAACGAAUCGAAGGUCGACGAGGACUGGCCAAUGUCUGAUGCGGUCCAGGUCAAUGAGCCCGAGCCUCUAUACAAGCUUGUUCCCGCCGAGCAGCACUUGGAUAGAAUGACGGGGCCACUGCCCGUGUUCCGGGGUGAGGUCCCGGACAUGGAAUUGCCUGGGGCCGUAUGCCCUAUGGACCUCGACAUGACUCUGGGUGCUAAGAACCCGUGGAGCGAUGGGUACCGGGUCCUGGAGACGGUUGGUCAUUGGACAAAGAUCGAGCCAAAGUCAACCAAUGGCCUAAAGCCAGGAAAGACUGGCGAUGAAACACUCUUCAACCCAUAUGAAGAGAUGUCACUCCCGACUCCCAUCAAGGCCAAGGGCCACAAAGCGGACAUCAAGGCAAUGCAGCCAACCGGUGGGCUGUUCUUGAUGAAACAGCCCCUGGUCCUGGAUGCAUUGCCGAGCCCUAUCCAGGUCGCUCUGUUCAACCAUUGCUUCCGGGAGUUGAAUGUCGGGGAGCGUUAUUUUUUCAAUCUGCCAUUCUUUGGCCCGUGA